AUGAAUCAGAAUCAUUCACAACAACAACAGCAACAUCAUCAACAAUAUCAAUCUCAAUAUAAUCAACAACUAUGGGGAAUGAAUAAUAAUAAUAGUGGCGAUCCAUAUCAUCCACAAGGACAACAGUAUCCUUCCUAUUAUGAUCAAGCUAUGUAUGGUGGUCAAUAUGAUCAACUAGCAGCUGCAAUGUAUGCACAACAACAGCCACAACAAAUAUUAGGUGAUGGAACAAUACCACAAGAAUCUCCAAAAGGUGGUUAUGUUGUGUAUGUUUACGGUAUUGGUCAACGAGCAACACAAGAAGAAUUAUUAAUGUUAUUUCAACAAUAUGGUCGUGUUUUACGUGUUGACAUUAUUAUUGAUUUUAAUACGGGAUUAGGUAAAGGUUUUGCAUUUGUUGCUAUGGAAAGAUAUCAAGACGCUCAAGUGGCUAUACAAAGUCUCGAUCGUAUGCCAUAUCACGGUAAACAAUUACAAGUUCGGUUUAAAGCAAAUUAA